UUACACUUAGCUCCGUGCUAGACAAGUGAACAAAGAAGAAGAAGAAGAAGAAUUGGACUGCGGAAAGUAGCUGUCGCAGGGCCAGCAGCGCGGUAUCCCUUGUGAAAUGGUUCAAGUUCGACGAGUGGUAUUGAAUUCCCGACCGGGGAAGAACGGAGAAGCUGUCCCAGAAAAUUUUCGCGUUGAAGACUUUAACCUCUCAACGGAACUGGAACCGGGACAGGUGUACGUCCGCACCCUCUACCUGUCCGUGGACCCCUACAUGAGGUGUCGUAUGAACGAAGACACUGGGACAGAUUACCUUUUGCCAUGGCAGCUCUCGGAGUGUGUGGAUGGCGGUGGUGUUGGUGUGGUGGAAUCCAGCAGACAUGACUCCUUCUCAAAGGGUGACACAGUGACAUCUUUCAACUGGCGCUGGCAAACAUACGACGUGCUGGAUGGGAGCAAGCUCCAAAAGCUAGACCCUCAGCUGGUGAAUGGACACCUGUCCUACUUCCUGGGUGCAGUGGGCAUGCCUGGUCUCACGGCCCUGCUGGGCAUUAGGGAGGACGGUCAUGUGACUCCUGGGUCCAAUCUGACAAUGGUGGUCAGCGGAGCUGCCGGGGCUUGUGGGUCAUUUGCUGGGCAGAUUGGUCGCUUGGAAGGCUGCAGCAGAGUGGUGGGGAUCUGCGGGUCGGAUCAGAAGUGCCAGGUUCUGGUGUCAGAGCUCGGCUUCUCUGGGGCUGUGAACUACCGCUGUGGGGAUUUGACGGCUGCGCUGAAGAAACACUGUCCACGUGGGGUGGAUGUUUACUUUGACAACGUGGGGGGUUCCAUCAGCGACGCAGUCAUAGCACAGAUGAACCAGGGAGGUCAUGUGAUCCUCUGUGGACAGAUCUCACAGUACAACAAGGAUGUGCCCUACCCUCCUCCUGUACCCCCAGAGACCCAGGAAGUACUACGUAGCAAAAAUAUCAUCAGGGAAAGGUUUACAGUUCUGAACUACAUGGACAAGUAUGAAGCUGGCCUCCUACAACUAAGUCAGUGGGUAAAAGCAGGACAGAUCAAAGUGUUGGAGACUGUUGCAAAUGGAAUAGAGAACAUGGGAGUGGCCUUUCACUCCAUGAUGACAGGGGGGAAUAUUGGAAAGCAGAUAGUGAAGAUAUCAGACUGAACCUGUCCUGGAUCUUUUCUUCAACAUGUUAUUGUUGGAAUGGCAGUGGUGUACUUUACACAGCAGUGUCCAAAACAGUUUCUCUAGAGUCUAAUAAUCAAUAAAAGUAGAACAUAACUGAAAUGUAAAUGUACGGUUGUCAAAAGUUGCUAAUGAAAUGUUCUAUAUGAUCUGGAUUUUAAUAAAACCCCUAUACUAAACUGAAAUCUAAAGAAGCUCUAUCAUAUUAAGAGCCUUGGGUCAAACAUUAAAUUUAGAUACCUUGGGCACAUGUUUCAACUGGGAUGAAUGUAUUUCAACUU